UAAUAUUCUUCGAAAAUUUUUAAAAAUUUAUUUGUUGAACCAUUUUAUAUCAUAUUUUAAUUUGAUUGACUAAGUCUAAAAAAGGCUUUGCAAAAAUUUGACUUGACCUUGCUAGUUCUUUUCCGUUCAGCUACCGCGAUUGGAACAUGUCCUAUUCACCUGAAAGAAGAGACGAUUGGCAGGAGGAUUCGAAAAAUGGCCCAGCAAAGGAUCAAGGCUAUGAGGGUCCCCCUGGAAUGGAGCCGGGCGGCGCACUCGAUACAAAUUGGCAUGAAGUCGUGGAAAGCUUCGAUGACAUGAAUUUGAAAGAAGAGUUAUUGAGAGGAAUUUAUGCUUAUGGUUUUGAAAAACCAUCGGCUAUUCAGCAACGCGCAAUUAUGCCUUGCAUUCAAGGUCGCGACGUUAUAGCUCAAGCCCAGUCAGGCACCGGGAAAACUGCUACUUUCUCUAUUUCAAUUCUUCAACAAAUUGAUACAACUGUACGUGAAUGCCAAGCUCUUAUUUUGGCACCUACUAGGGAGCUUGCUCAACAAAUUCAAAAGGUCGUUAUAGCCCUUGGUGAUCACCUCAAUGCUAAAUGUCAUGCAUGUAUUGGUGGAACCAACGUACGUGAAGAUAUGCGCCAACUAGAAAGUGGUGCACAUGUGGUUGUUGGGACCCCAGGAAGAGUGUAUGACAUGAUAACCCGUCAUGCCCUGAGGGCUAGUACUAUUAAGCUCUUCGUAUUGGAUGAGGCUGAUGAAAUGUUAUCUCGAGGUUUCAAAGACCAGAUUCAUGAUGUAUUUAAGAUGUUAUCAUCUGAUGUUCAAGUUAUUCUACUGUCGGCUACAAUGCCUGAUGAUGUUUUGGAAGUAUCUAGAUGCUUUAUGAGGGAUCCAGUACGUAUUCUCGUCCAGAAAGAAGAGCUUACCUUGGAAGGUAUUAAGCAAUUUUUCAUCUCAAUCGAUCAAGAAGAAUGGAAAUUGGACACCCUAUGUGACUUAUAUGAUACUCUCUCAAUUGCACAAGCUGUGAUCUUCUGUAAUACCCGUCGCAAGGUCGAUUGGCUUACGGAAUCCAUGCAUGCCCGUGACUUCACCGUGUCGGCUAUGCAUGGUGACAUGGAUCAGCGUGGAAGGGAGGUUAUUAUGAGACAGUUCCGUACUGGUUCUUCUCGUGUACUGAUUACCACUGAUCUGCUUGCUCGUGGUAUUGAUGUGCAGCAAGUAUCUUGCGUUAUUAACUAUGAUUUGCCAACCAAUCGUGAAAAUUACAUUCAUAGGAUCGGAAGAGGUGGCCGAUUCGGUCGUAAGGGGAUUGCUAUCAACUUUGUGACUGAGGCUGACAGAAGAGCACUGAAGGACAUUGAGGAGUUCUACCACACCACUAUUACUGAAAUGCCUAGUGAUGUGGCCAACCUCAUCUGAGGUGCCUACUCAUUCCGUUUUUCUUUUGUGUCCUACAUUCUAUUGCGAUAUUUUGCAGUGUGAGUAUUAGGGAGGUAUCCCAAGUACUGCUGUGCUGAUUUUUUAUUGGAACUCAAUUUAUUUGAACCGAUAUUUGUUUUAGUUUAAUGCAUUAUACUAUAGUUGUAUCCUAUCAAUAUAAGUUUAAUAUACAUUAUAGGCAUAAGACCGGCUUGGCCGGAUGGCCCCCGUUCCGCGUAGACCUCUCUGCUAUUUACAGAGAGGUCUCAUCGGGUACUGGAGAGGCUAUUUCAAUCACAAAACUUCUAGAAGGAAACUGUAUUGUAACCUCAUUUUCCAGUUGUACAUAAUAUUAUAACUGUUUUUGUAAUUCAGUAAAUAAAUAUAAUUAAAUAUCAUUUGGUAUUGUUAUUGAUGCAAGAUAGUUGUAGCGCUCCAUUCCCGAUCGGAACCUUAAUUUCUCUAGAAUGUUGUACUCAACUGUAAAUAUUUUGUUUGCAGAGGAACCUACCAUCUCAACCUGUUUGCACACAAUGGAAACAACUAUGUGGAAAUAAUAAAUCAAAAUUUCCUCUAUAA